AUGAGUAAUAAAUGCAAUAGGAGACUCAAAUGCUCAAUAUGUGCGCGACUUCAUCCAACUAUACUUCAUAUUGACAAUCAAAUUAACAAACAAUCAUCGUCACAGCAAGAGCCAUCUGUUAAAAAGGAUGAUCCUCAAAUACCCACAAAUCAUGAAGGCACCCAGCCAGUUGUAGUUAGCUCCAUUAGUAGUGAUGUGAACUGUGCUAUGGCAAUAAUCCCUGUGCGAGUUAAAUUGAACAAUAGAUCCCAGAGUGUCGAGACUUAUGCUUUCUUCGACUCAGGCAGUAGCAUAACAUUUUGUAGCCAGAAGUUAAUGCGUCAACUUGGAGCUAAUGGAAAGAAAACUCAGAUAUAUAUAAGUACAAUGGGAAACACACAAACUAUUAAUACAUGUGCAAUUAAUGGCCUUCAAGUGUCUAGUCUGUCAAUGGAACACAUGGUGGAUUUGCCUAAAGUAUAUACUAAGGAAAACCUGCCUGUAUACAAGGAACAUAUUCCUACUCAAAGAGAAAUCAAGAAAUGGACUCAUUUGGAAUCAGUGGAUAUCCCAGAGAUUGGUGCGGACAUAGGAAUUAUGAUAGGUAACAACGUACCUGAUGCUUAUACACCGUUUAACGUAUGCACGGGACCGAGCGGCUCCCCACAUGCCACAAAAACUAGACUUGGGUGGAUAUUAUGGAAUGUUAUAAGAGACAGUUCAAGCUUUGAAGUGAAUAGAGUUCAUAUGCAAAAUGAAGGAUGUGAUGAAACACAGUUGAACUUAUUAAUGCAGAGCAUUAACUUAGACUUUCCAGAACGAAUGAACGAAGACAAAAGAAAGAAUUCUAUUGAUGAUAAAACAUUCAUGCAGCAAGUUGAGAGCUCUAUACAUUUAGAAAAUCAGCACUACUGCAUAGCACUUCCAUUUCGAGACCAGGAUGUUGUUUUUCCGAAUAAUUCAGUACAAGGCAUAAAAAGGCUAAACGGACUCCGACACAAGUUUGCCAAGAACGAUAACUUCAAACAACAAUACUGUGAUUGCAUGUCAAAGAUAAUUGAGAAAGGCUAUGCAGAACCUGUACCUACUGAAGAUGUAGAUAGAAAUGAUGGCAAAGUUUGGUACCUACCGCACCAUGGAGUUUACCAUGCGAAAAAACAGGACAAAAUACGAGUUGUUUUCGAUUGUUCUGUAAAAUACAUGGGCAUUUCUUUGAAUAGUCAGCUAUUACAGGGUCCAAACCUUGCUAACAAUCUUUUAGACGUACUUAUCAGAUUCCGACAGGAUAAAAUAGCAGUCUUAGGUGACAUCGAAUCAAUGUUUUACCAGGUGAAGGUUCCAGUUGAGGACAGAGACUUUUUACGUUUCUACUGGUGGGAAAACGGAAAUGUUGAUACUGAACCUAAAGAAUACAGGAUGACAGUACAUUUGUUUGGGGCUACUUCUUCACCGAGUUGUAGUAAUUACGCUCUACAAAAUACGGCAAAAGAAAACAAGGAUAGAUUUGAUUCUUUAGUGAUUGAUACACUGACAAAGAACAUGUAUGUAGAUGAUUGUUUGAGUUCUACCGAUACAGAAGAAAGUGCUAUAUCGCUUAUUAAGAAUGUAACUGAAUUGUGCAAAGAAGGCGGAUUCAAUAUGACUAAAUGGGUAAGUAACAGUCAAAAUGUUGUGCAAUCCAUACCUGAAAAGGAUUGCGCAAGAAAUAUAGAGGAAUGGAAUUGUGGAGAUGAUAGUCUCACCGACCGUGCACUUGGAGUGUAUUGGUAUAUAAAAGAUGACAAACUUGGAUUUCACAUAAACAUUAAAGAAAAACCGUCAACAAGACGCGGAAUUCUCAGCAUAGUCAGCUCAAUCUAUGACCCUAUUGGUAUCGUUUCUCCGUUUGUAUUGACAGCCAAAUCUAUACUACAAGGAUUGUGUAAGAAAGAAAUUGGAUGGGAUGAAGAAAUUCCCAACAGCGAACUUUCGUCAUGGAACAAAUGGCUCAGUCAGCUUAAGGGAUUGGAAAACAUUAAAAUAGAUAGAUGCUACAAGCCUCAACACUUCAAGUCUAUUGUUUCAUGCCAACUACAUUGUUUUGCAGACGCAAGUGACAAAGGUUAUGGUUGUGUAUUUUACAUACGGUUAGUCGAUGAAGACGGUAGUAUACAGUGUUCCUUUUUGUUAGGAAAAUCGAGAGUAGCACCGCUUAAAUCGAUGACUAUUCCGAGGAUGGAACUGACAGCUGCUACUAGUGCCGUUAGGCUUGGAAACAUGAUUAUAAGAGAGAUAGAAUACUCAUUUGAUGACAUUUAUUACUAUUCAGACAGUAUGUCAGUAUUUCGAUAUAUAGCAAACUCAAAGACACGUUUUCACACUUUUGUAGCCAAUCGUUUGGCUGUUAUUCACGAAGCAACUAAAGUAAAGCAAUGGCACUACGUAGGCACAAAAGAAAACCCGGCUGAUUUAGCUUCGAGAGGAGCGACUAUUGAACAAUUUAACAGAAAUCCACAAUGGCUUCGUGGGCCAGAUUUCUUAUGGAAUAAAGACAUUAAAUUCCCACAGUGUACCGAGGACACUAGUUUUAUCGGCAAUGAUCCAGAAGUUAAGAAACCAGUGGCUGUUUGCACUGUAGAAUCAUUUGAAGGAAUGGAACGUCUUAUUUCUUACUUUUCGAAUUGGGAACGCUUAGUCACCAUAGCAGCACGGUUCGUACUUGCAGCCAAUCACUUUAGAAGUGUUAAAGACAGUAUUGAAAUCGAUGGAAACGGAAAAACGAGUAUGAAGAUGUCUGAUACGCUUACGACAAGUAUAGUUGAGUGUGCAGAGAGGUCCUUGAUUAGUUUUGUGCAACAUAAACACUUUAAUGAUGAUAUACAGACACUUGAAAAGAAAUGUCCUCUCAAAAUUUCUUCUAAACUGAGCAAUCUGGAUCCAUUUGUCGACAAAGAUGGAUUGCUUAGAGUUGGAGGACGAUUGGAGCGAUCGGAUAUUUCGUACGAAUCAAAACACCCUAUCGUCUUGCCUAAGGACUCACCGAUAUCAAGACUUAUUAUUGAGAACAUUCAUCGUUCAAAUGGACAUUUAGGAAAGAAUUCAAUCUUAGCCGUUCUUAGACAAAAAUAUUGGAUUUUAGGAGCCAAUUCUAUUAUUAAAGGCUUAGUGUCUAGAUGCGUCAGAUGUAAGAAAUAUCAAGGAACAUGCUCAAAACAGAAAAUGGCAAAUCUUCCGAAAGAAAGACUUCAGGCUGAUGAUCCGCCUUUCACAAGAAUUGGAAUAGAUUUCUUUGGACCCUUUGAGGUAAAGCAAGGAAGGAGUGUAGUUAAAAGAUAUGGUGUGAUUUUCACAUGCCUGACUAUUAGGGCAAUACACCUCGAAUUGGCAUAUUCAUUAGACACUGACUCUUGCAUAAAUGCUAUAAGGAGAUUUAUUUCGAGAAGAGGAGUGCCAGUCUUUAUAAGGACAGACAAUGGAACAAACUUUGUUGGUUCAGAAAGGGAACUAGGAGAAGAAAUAAAAAGAUGGAACUUAAAUCAAAUACAGGAAUUCAUGAUUCAGAAACGCAUUCAGUGGGAAUUUAAUCCGCCGUCUGCAUCACACUUUGGAGGAGUAUGGGAACGCCUUAUUAGAUCAGUGCGUAAGAAAGUAUUCUUAAUGGACGUCCGAUCACAGAAGCGUCAGAUAGUAUCACAGACUUAA